AUGGUUCUAGUAAUCGUAAUAGCAAACAUAAAAGUAGCAAAAGGGAUUUUCCACUUCCAAUUCUGGCAUUACGGUGAUUGGGUCGAUGUGGUAAUUGACGAUAGACUGCCGACGUCCGAUGGUAAACUGCUUUAUAUGCAUUCACGUGAGAACAACGAGUUCUGGAGUGCGCUGCUCGAGAAGGCGUACGCAAAGUACGCGUCACCAAUGGAAUUCGAAGCGCGUACACGUGAUGGACUUGUGAAAGGUCACGCAUACAGUAUUACCGGUAUGCGAAUGGUGGAUACCCCAGAAGGAAAGGUUCCACUGCUGAGAAUUCGUAAUCCAUGGGGCAAUGAACAAGAGUGGAAUGGCGACUGGUCGGACGAUAGUGAACUUUGGGAUGGUGUUUCGAGAAAACAGAAAAAAGAGAUGAAUUUGGUGUUGGAGAACGACGGAGAAUUCUGGUUAGUUGGAGCACAGCCGCAUCGUUUAAUCAAAGACCAAUAA